UAUGUGUUUUCAAAAGAUAUCAAAGUUCCGCAGAAAAAUCGUCUCCCUCCUCUUCCUGUCAAUAAUAACCAUAAAUUAUUUAAAAAAUCUCUUGUGCCCCGCCGUGAGUUCCCUGGCUGAAUUCGAAAAAUGUCCCGCUUGUUACGGUUCAUCCGCCUGUCCCCAGGUUCUAAACGAAAAUAUAAAAAUCAAACCAUUCGACUUUCGUACAACAAUGUCCCACAUUCUCCCAUCGAAAAAUGUAUUCUUCGGUGAAUCGAAUGGCAAAAAAAUCGUUGUGAAAAAAUUAGCGCAGUACGAGGAACUCGAGGCCUUUGAUCAAAUGAUAUGUAAAGAGGGCUUGGAUUGUUGCGCCGCAAGAAACUACAACAAUGAGCAUGCACACAGUAUUGAUUAUUUCUCGCGUAUCUUGAACGACGUUUCCUCUGAUUUCAUUAGUGACGAUCGAAGCGGCUUGAUAAUAUGCCCAAACCCAACGAGCACAAUAUUUUUCGAUAAAUUGAGAGGUUCGAGAUACUUGAACGAUUCAAAUCUCUGGACUCUAGUCCGCAUAAACCCGGAGCCAAUAAUUCUCGAGAUACUGCGAGCUGAGGAGGGCUGGCCAGUGCCUCGAUACUACGGGGCCUGUGGGAGAAUAGUUAUCGAGGAAUACGUAGGCCUCCCAUUACCAGCUUAUUAUCAUGCUCCCUGGCUUCUCAGGGCUAAAAUCGCUGCGGGAUUAUUGCGAGCAGCGCAAAUGCUGACUUUUCAUGAUCCAGAGUUCUCUUUUUACCUCACUGACAUGUCCCCCGAUAACAUCGCUAUUAACGACGAAUAUAAACCGAUUUUCGUUGAUCUGGAGCACAUCAUUGUUGUCCAGAAAAACAGUUUUUCCAACGAUAAAAUCCACGACUUUAGGGAAUUGCACGAAACCGAGGAGACAUUCGCCUGCAAAAAUUGCUUCGCAUUUUCCCCCCUAGACAUCUGCAGUCACCGACUAAGUGAUCACAAUUACUACGCAGUCUGCAAGCACAUACUGUCCCCCGAAUCUAGUACAGCGACAAUCUCCGGUGGUUUCCUACACGAUGUGCCAAAAGAUAUUUCAAGUCGUUACCCAGAUUUGAAAAUAAUGUUAGCCGAAUGCUCAGUGCCUUCAGCCCGUCAAACGCGAAUAGAAACGGCUGCUAAACUCAUUGAAUUAUUUGAAAAAAUGUCAUGAUUAAUAACGUGAUAAUGCAGAGACUUUAUUUUUAGAAACGACUUUUCCAUAUGUAUGGAGUGGAAAUGGGUAGAGAAUAAAAUUGAGGAGAAUAUAUUAUUGAUGCGAUUGGAGCCGCGCCCGGAUCCAUCUCGUACUUUUGCAACCAGUGUUCAACUCUCUAAACCGGUUUUCCCGAUGUGUUUUUUUCUCUGUCUCUCUCCCUCUUUCUCUCUCUGCCUCUUCGUUUUAUGUCAUUUUUCUUCAUCCUACUCUUGUCUCUCUCUCCUCCAUCUUCACCGCUGUACUUUUACUAUUUUAUUGUUGUCGUUACUAUGAUGUAGGGAAUGAGUUCAUGAGGAGUUAUUUUAUUACCCAAAAGGCAUUUAUUUUUCUCAUCAUAAUAAACAAAAUUUAUUCAUCAAAUGUCUUUCAGCACUUGAAAGUUCCUACAAGUGAACAUUACGAAUUAAAAAUAGCAUCACAUAGUGGUGUAGUACAUAAUACAAAAUAUAUAUUGCAAAAGUCGAUAAUUAUUACAUUGUAAUAAAUUGUUUAUGGUUCUUUAUAAUCUUGUUUACUGAUUUGUUGGUUUAUACCUUUGCCUGUGGCAAAUGUCUGGUCUGAUAGUUGUUCAAUCAGUUAACAAUAAGCUUGGUGCGAAAUAUAAACAAUACUGUCAUGAAUUUAUUGCGAUUAUUCUAUUGAUUCAAUACUUGAAAUUGUAACAAAGGCUAAAAAAAAAUGAAAUCAAUGUAGAAAUGAAAUUUGUGAUUACGAUUAUUUACAGACAAUUACGAGUGUAACAUCGGUGGGAUAUGUAUGAUACAAAGAUUCAUCUUUUAUUAGUUAAGUUUCUAAACAAAACUGCCUAAUUACUCGGACGAAUAUACUCAAUUGAUUAUGAAUUACGUGAAAAAAUUAAAUACACAUUUUUAUAUCA